AUGGACGAUUCAGUCAGAUCUUUAAUCAGGUUUGUUAGCAGAGGAUUCUAUAGUACACCAUAUGUCUUGAUUUUAGAUGCUGUAUUACGUCACUCUGUAUUAUCAGAAGAUGAUUUAAUUCAUUUGAUUGGUAUCAAAAGAAAAGAAUUACGUUCACUUUGUAAUCGAUUAGUUGAAGAUAGGUUAUUAAUAAAUCAUAUUCAAAGAGAAGAUAAUGGACAACAGAAAUAUGUUACUAGAACGUAUUUUUAUAUCCAUAUAACUGAAGCUAUAGAUUCAAUUAAAUGGAAAGUUCAUACCAUUGUUAAUCAAUUAAAACAAGAGAUGUCAAGUUUUGGUAAUCCUCAAGGUUAUGUAUGUCCAAGAUGUGGUAAAAAAGUUUCACAAUUGGAUGCUAUUUCCUUAUUAAGUGAAGACAAAACUGAGUUUAUAUGUGAUGUAUGUCAAGGAGUAUUAAUUGAAGAUGAUUCAUCACAACAAGCUAUACUAAAACAAGAAAAAUUGGAGGAUCUAAUGUUACAGAUUGAUCCAAUUAUUAAAUAUUUGAAAAUUAUUGAUGAUUCUCAAAUUCAAGAUAAUGAUUUUGAAAGUUCAUUAUUGCAGGCAAUUCCUGCCCAAUCAACAACUUCAGCUCAAUAUACAUUAUCUAACCGUGUUAGCUCUAAAUCAAGAUCAGGUAUUAACGCACAAGCUAUGCAAAAUGCAGCAGCUAGAUCACAAGCCACUUUACAUGUUUCAAUUACCGCAAAUGAUGAAAAUUACGAACGAGAACAAUUGGAAAAGGAAAGAAGAAGACAAAAAUUGGAACAAAAUGCAUUACCUUCAUGGCAUUCAAAUAGUACUGUUGGUAAUUCACAAAAUGUAGAUUUUAUGAAGGAUGAGUUGGAGGUUACCAAUAGUGUUAAUGAAGAAGGAGAAGAUGGUGAGACAAAAGUUAAAAAUGAACAGGGCAACAAUAGUGUCGCCGUCAAAGAAGAAAGACAAGGUGCUACUAGUGAAUUGGAAGAUGGAAAUGGCACAGAGGUAUCUUCAGUAUUGCCCACCCCUGAACCUACAUCCUUGACGGCACCACCACAAUCUACAUCCAACAACAACAACAUCCAUACCGAUCUCAAGGAUCAAGAAGCGCAGAAUGCAUUGGCUGAAUAUUACGCUCAACUUGCCGAACAAGAGGGAGACGAUGAUGAUGACGAUGACGACGAUGACGACGAUGACGAUGAUGAUGAGGAUGAAUUUGAUGAUUUGAUUUAG